GCUGAUACUACGUUGGCUUACAAGAAAUUAACUGGGAACGGUUUAAAGAACAAUGGUUUACUCUUUACCGGGUAUCCGGUUAUCGGUAACCAAGGAAAGAUUCAGACAUCAGGGUCUUGUCUUUACUCAUCCUCCCUUAGAAUUGAUGUCUCAUGCUCUUGGGAUCCGAGAUACAAUGGUCUGUUCUUCUACGAGACAACUGCUAUAUUCCCAUUACCUCGGUUUAGAGACUUUAUCCUCGACGUGAAGAAGCUACGAGACAUGAAACCAGAAAGACUGUGCGGCAUCGACAUCUACAAUGGUAUCCUCAUACGUUUCAUCAAGGGCUCAAAGGCUUAUCUCGGCCAGGGAGAGGACUCUGUGGUCAUUGACUUUAACUAUUACCGAGCUGACGAUGUGUUGACCCCGAGGUUAAACCAAGAUGUGAUGGAGGAGAUGGAGCAGAUGGCGUUUUCCAAAUACGGGGCAAAGCCGCAUUGGGGGAAGAAUAGGAAAGUGGGUUUCUUUGGCGUGAAGCAAAAGUAUGGACCUAACUUUGACAAGUUCUUGGAAGUGAAGAACAAGUUAGAUCCUAAGAUGAUGUUUUCUAGUGAAUGGUCAGAUGAGAUUCUUUUUGGGAGAGAAGGUUUGAAGUAUGAUGGAUGUGCGCUUGAA